UUCAGACCUCCGGCGCGCACAGAGCGUCGCCUGCAGUGGCGCUCUGGUCCCCGGUUCCGCUGGACUCGAUGGCGCGCUUCCGGCGUGGAGCGGCAGCCAUGGCAUCAAAGUCAGCGAACACCUUGGAUCCGGAGAGAAGUUGUGUGUUGUGCUGUCAAGAGCUGGAUGUAUACGCUUUGGGCAAAUGUGACCAUCCCAUCUGCUACCGCUGCUCCACCAAGAUGAGGGUGCUGUGUGAACAGAAGUACUGCGCCGUGUGCAGAGAAGAAUUGGAUAAGGUGGUAUUUGUUAAAAAGGUGUCUCCUUUUUCCAGUAUCAACACCACCCAGAUGCAGAGUGACAAGAAAUAUGACAUAUACUGUAGUGAUGGCAAAGUAUUUUCUCUCUACAGGUGGCUGCUGCAACACGAAUGUUGGCUGUGCCCUGACAGACCUUUCCACACUUUUGCUGACCUAGAGCAACAUAUGAGAAAAUAUCAUGAGUUGUUCUGCUGUAAGCUGUGUGUGAAUUAUUUAAAGAAUUUCACCUAUGAGAGGAAGUGGUACAGCCGCAAGGAUCUGGCUCGCCAUCGUAUCCAUGGUGAUCCGGAGGACACUUCCCAUCGUGGUCAUCCUCUCUGCAAAUUCUGUGAUGAACGAUAUCUCGACAACGACGAGUUGCUUAAACAUUUACGCAGGGAUCAUUACUUCUGCCACUUCUGUGACUCUGAGGGGGCCCAGGAAUACUAUAGCGAGUACAAUUUUCUGCGGGAACACUUCCGUGACAGUCAUUUCCUGUGCGAAGAGGGUCGGUGCAGCACAGAGCAGUUCACACACGCAUUCCGUUCUGACAUAGACUACAAGGCCCACAAGACCACCUGUCACAGCAAGAACCGUGCAGAGGCCAGGCAGAACCGUCAGAUCGACAUCCAGUUCAGCUACGUUCCUCGUCAUAACCGCAGGGCUGAAGCUGUAGUAGGAGGAGAGGACUAUGUAGAGGUUGACAGAUUUAACAGGCAGAUGAGAGGACGUGGAGGCCAGCAAAGCAGAAGGGGGAGCUGGAGAUAUAAACGGGAAGAAGAAGAUCGGGAGGUGGCAGCCGCUGUAAGAGCCUCUGUAGCAGCCAGGCGACAGGAAGAGAUGGGGAGGAAACCAGUAAUGGAUGUUUCUGAUAUUUCAAAAUCUCGAAGAGAGGAGGCUCGAAGAGAGGAGGCUCGAAGAGAGGAGGCUCGAAAAGAGGAGGCUCGGGAUGCUGACGAGGGGCGCAGACCUAAGGCUGUUCCUAAACCCCCUCCUGAAGCUGCAGUCCCUAGUGAUUCCAGCAAUGUGACUAGCAUAUCUAAUGGUGUCUUGAGGGAGGAGGACUUCCCGGCCUUCGGCUCAGCAGUGACCACUCCUUUGCUAAGCAUGGCCAAGCCUCCUCCUAAGCUGAAAGAAGAAGACUUUCCCAGUCUGAGGUCCUCGGCACCCUCAUCUGUCCCACCAUUUAAAGAGAGAAUGUCAUAUACCACAACUACUAGGUCUUCCAAUGCCUUCCAAGAGGAGGACUUCCCAGCUUUGGUGUCUAAAAGCAAGCCUGGAAAACCACUUUCCUCUGUCGGUUCUGCAUGGGCUGCUUCCUCUUCAAAAGGCACAACAAAACCUACGGCUCCCACUCUGACGUCUACCGCCAAAGCCUCAAAAAAAGCUGCAACAUCGAGCAUUGGGAAAGGGGCAUUGGUCAAACCAAAAAAAGCUUUGUCCCUCUCAGAAGACGAAGAUGAUGGCUCUGGUGUUACCGCGCAAGAGUUCCGUAAUGCUCCGACCAUGAUGGAUAUCUCUAAACUAUUGACCUCUAAUCCACAAACCAGCUUUAAGCUCAACAAGAAGAAGCGGGUUGGCUCUGAGAAGCAAAGUACUCCCUCAAAUUUUCAGAUGCCAGAAGACAGGGCUUCAGUCUCCUACUUCAAAGAAAACGCCACAGAGACCGAGCGUACGCCAACACCACCUGCCACUUCCAUCCUCAGUGACAAGUCCAACACUGUUGUAAAUGGACUUAGUGAGCGCAAACCUCCAGAAAAAGGGGGCAGAGAAAGGGAACCUCCUGGUUUUAGUAAAACGGCAAACUCUGUACCAAAAUACCCUCUGCCAGAGGAGGACUUUCCAGCUCUGGUGAGCAAAAAUGUCCUGACAAAGCCACCACCAGGAUUUUCUCCUGUAGUAUCUGUGGCCCCUUUGGCACCACCUCCAGGACUCUCCUCUGCGGGUAAACCCCCUCCAGGUUUUGCCAGUGUCUCUUCUACACCCAUUCCUGCCGAAGCGCCUAUCAAACCAGUAAAAGAGGUGUCGUUCUGCCCCGAAACGUACUUGGUACCUGAACACUUCCAGCAGAGGAACAUUGACCUGAUUAAUUCCAUCAAGGAUGAUCUUCAAAGCGACGAUUCCAAAUUCAAUGAAUUUAAAUCCCAAUCUGGCCAAUUUCGACAGGGGUUGAUUUCAGCCUCUGAAUAUUAUAAAAACUGCAGGAAACUUCUUGGUGACAACUUCAGUUUAAUCUUUAAUGAGCUGCUGGUGCUGCUUCCUGAUAACGCCAAGCAGCAGGAACUGCUCACCGCUCACCAAGAGCUCCGAGUGCAAGAAAAGCAAACUUCCAACAAGAUAAAGAAGAACAAGAAGUCCGCCUGGUCAACAGACUCCAGGGUGCCUGACCUGGACUAUUCUGUGUGCCCCUCCUGCAGACAAGUGCUGGCCCCCCGGGACGUUGCCCAUCACAAAACAUUGCACCUAGAGGAUAAAGACUUCCCAUCACUCCAAGCCAUUAGCAGGAUCAUCAGUUAAGCAUGGCAGGUUGUUCCCCCAAUAUUGGCAUUUGCACUUAAAAGGAAAAAGAGAAUAAAAUGCAACAACAAUGCCAGACAUAGUAAAGAGAACGAGCAUGUGAAGGCUGCGAUUAGCUGCCUGGUUACCAUGAAGUUAAUUACAAUGCUCUGAAUGGCCAAUGAAAAGGUUUCUGAGGAAGGAACAGAGAUCAGAAGAAGAGGCUGGAGUGGUGCUGCUUCUCAUGUCCCAGGACCCUCCGGGGCAUCCUCAGGGGCCAUGUGGGUCCCAAUAGUGCGCCAUUUUCUCUUGCUGUGUUAUCUCUCUCCCAAAAAUUCUGUGGAGACCGCACAAGUAUUGCUGUAAUAUGUAUGACCAUAAAUUAUUUUGUGCAAUUAAAAACAAAAAGCCAAAUGAAUUUUUGUUGCAAAUAUCA